AUGGAUCGAAUGGAAACAUUGUCGGAACAAAGUUUGUGCUUGCAAGAUUUUGUUUCGGGCGUUAGCGCAACGUCACAAACCAAUCAAAAUAAUACUAAUAAUAAUAAUAAUAAUAAUAAUAAUACGGAAACCGUGACGUCGCACGUCAUCAACCACACGACACACCAUCAUGUGCCCCACGAUUCCCUUGCCGGAUUGAGCGCCGUCACAGCGGCUACAACCGCCGUUUUAGGCCAUCAUCACGGCCUUCACGACGUUGGUCAUCACGUUGGCGUCGGUCACCACGUUCCUAUAUUAAGUCACGAACCACUUGAAAAACUCAAGAGAGUUAACUUAAGUUUAUAUAAGGGAUGA